AAUCACGUCGCGUCUUCAUAGACACAAACAACUGAUGCUAACCACUUUAGCCUCACAAAAACUUUUUAACUCGAUUUGCAUUCUUGAGAAUUUCCUGCAUGCAAACCUCACACGAUGCUCUUACACACGUUGAUUUUCGGGCCAGUUUUAAAUAAGUUGUUUUAUAAAUUUGAAUGAGUUGGACCCUAAUAUGGAGGUCGCUAUGAAAGGAAAGGCCAAGCGGAGACACCUCAGUGCGGAAGACUGUAGUGAACUGGGGCGCAGUGCAGCAGGCUCUAGCUCUCUCACUAAACCUCAUGUCUUCAGAUUGAGCCAGAGUGCCCGCAAGCCACGAAAUAAAGGUCUAUAUCCACAAACUCCCAGCAAGCGAUGCAAAUUUGUCUCUGCCUCCUCAAGUCCAGCCGGGAUUCAGAGAGGCAUCAAUGAGUUCUUUAGUGUAACGGGAGUCCUGAGCGCUAGUCCAAACAAGCACCAAGACCCCUGUUCAUCAACACUCUCAACUGCACCAAGGGCACUUUUCCCCAAAGACAAUACCAACAAGGACCAAGAGGAAGAAGAGGAUGAUGAUGUUAGUUUGUUAGCUGCUGUUUUAAAUCCUGAACUUUGUGCUUUAGAUGAAGAAGACAUUGAAGAUGCUAGUUUAUUCACGGUGGAAAAUAGCCAAGAAAAUGUCCAGGAGGAGGAAGUGGACUAUUUGGAGGGUAUAACUGAUGACAUGUUUGAUGAUGAUUUUGAGACAAGUGCAAUGGAGGUAUCCGCUGUGGAAGAGGAGGUGGAAGCUCUCCCGGAUGCUCAUUUUGGACUGUUGGGCAACACUAAGACUUUGUUAGAACCCAUGGGGUGUGUGGAGGACCUGCCCGAGGAGGUACUGAGGCAGGUAUUGAGUUUAGUGCCAGCCCAAGAUCUGUACCGCAGUGUUCAGUUCGUCUGCCACCGAUGGAAGAACAUAGUACAAGACCCUAAGUUUGUGCCUUUCAAGAAAAAGUACUUCUGCUAUGUGAUGGGAGAGAGCAACACAGUUGAGUGGGUCAACAUUUUUGUCUUGAAGAUUUUACAAACCCCAAUCGACCACGUUAUAAGAAAUUUGGUUAUUUUAAUGGCUCAACACAAACUGCCACCGCGCUUCAGCCCUGACAAUAUUUUGAAGUGUGUGAAGAAACAUCGUCUGUUCCCUCAGGCCGAAGCCUCCAUCAGGUUAAGGAUUCCAGUCAUUCAGAAGCAACACAGCCUGAGAAUUGAGGGCACAAACCCAUAUGCGGCAAUGGCUGUGAUCCUCCUGCUCUCAGAGUCUGUUGAGGAUGUUCAGUCUUUAGUGUCACUGCUCAAUAACUGCCUCCCCUACACGGCCAUCUCUGAGUACUUCCACCGCAUGGUGGCGAGAACGGCCAAUCCUCCGGCACCUGAACCAACAAACAAGACCUACGGACCAAUCACGUCGCGAAAGGCCAAGCGGAGACACCUCAGUGCGGAAGACUGUAGUGAACUGGGGCGCAGUGCAGCAGGCUCUAGCUCUCUCACUAAACCUCAUGUCUUCAGAUUGAGCCAGAGUGCCCGCAAGCCACGAAAUAAAGGUCUAUAUCCACAAACUCCCAGCAAGCGAUGCAAAUUUGUCUCUGCCUCCUCAAGUCCAGCCGGGAUUCAGAGAGGCAUCAAUGAGUUCUUUAGUGUAACGGGAGUCCUGAGCGCUAGUCCAAACAAGCACCAAGACCCCUGUUCAUCAACACUCUCAACUGCACCAAGGGCACUUUUCCCCAAAGACAAUACCAACAAGGACCAAGAGGAAGAAGAGGAUGAUGAUGUUAGUUUGUUAGCUGCUGUUUUAAAUCCUGAACUUUGUGCUUUAGAUGAAGAAGACAUUGAAGAUGCUAGUUUAUUCACGGUGGAAAAUAGCCAAGAAAAUGUCCAGGAGGAGGAAGUGGACUAUUUGGAGGGUAUAACUGAUGACAUGUUUGAUGAUGAUUUUGAGACAAGUGCAAUGGAGGUAUCCGCUGUGGAAGAGGAGGUGGAAGCUCUCCCGGAUGCUCAUUUUGGACUGUUGGGCAACACUAAGACUUUGUUAGAACCCAUGGGGUGUGUGGAGGACCUGCCCGAGGAGGUACUGAGGCAGGUAUUGAGUUUAGUGCCAGCCCAAGAUCUGUACCGCAGUGUUCAGUUCGUCUGCCACCGAUGGAAGAACAUAGUACAAGACCCUAAGUUUGUGCCUUUCAAGAAAAAGUACUUCUGCUAUGUGAUGGGAGAGAGCAACACAGUUGAGUGGGUCAACAUUUUUGUCUUGAAGAUUUUACAAACCCCAAUCGACCACGUUAUAAGAAAUUUGGUUAUUUUAAUGGCUCAACACAAACUGCCACCGCGCUUCAGCCCUGACAAUAUUUUGAAGUGUGUGAAGAAACAUCGUCUGUUCCCUCAGGCCGAAGCCUCCAUCAGGUUAAGGAUUCCAGUCAUUCAGCAGCAACACAGCCUGAGAAUUGAGGGCACAAACCCAUAUGCGGCAAUGGCUGUGAUCCUCCUGCUCUCAGAGUCUGUUGAGGAUGUUCAGUCUUUAGUGUCACUGCUCAAUAACUGCCUCCCCUACACGGCCAUCUCUGAGUACUUCCACCGCAUGGCCAUGGUACUGCUGGCCAUAAAGAGAGAAACAAAUGUUCACAUAAGCAACAGAUUGCACUACAACAUUUACUAUGUGCUUCAUCUGAUGGAGAAUGGACCUUUUGCUGUCACUGUUGAUGACAAUAGCAGGCACCCUCAGAUUAAUCUAACGACCGAACAACAAAUGAUCCUCAGUCACGAAAUCCAGAGAGAUCAUGUGCUCAAGAUCAUGGCUUUUGCAGGUACUGGGAAGACCACCACACUAGUGAAGUAUGCAGGGCAGAGACCGCACCUGCACUUCCUUUAUGUGGCUUUUAACAGAUCUGUGGCGAAAGAAGCAGAGAGACGCUUUCCCGCCAAUGUGGACUGUAAGACUAUCCAUGCCUUGGCAUUUAGAGACAUUGGUGUGAGGUAUCAGAGGAGCAAAAAGCUCACAUACAACAUGAUGCCGUUCAGCAUCAACUCAGUUCUGCCCAAAGGUCGAGCCGGUUUUCGUAAAUCCAAAAUCGUGAUGCAAACCAUCAGUACUUUUCUGGCCUCAACAGAUGAAGAAAUUGAUUUGACACAUGUCCCGUGCUUCUACGAAAGCAAAAAACAUAGGAAUACUCCCAUACCAGAGAGAGAGAGACCGUUGUUUUUAGAGGAUGCCAGAUACGUGUGGAGAAAGAUGAGGAAUGUUAGGGAGAGAAGUAAACCGGCUUUCUACAUGACCCACGAUGGUUAUCUGAAGUUGUGGCAGCUCUCCAGACCCUGUUUGUCUCGUGAAUAUGAUGUCAUUUUUAUUGAUGAGGCUCAAGACUGCACUCCAGCCAUCUUGGACAUCAUGCUGUCUCAGAGCUGUGGGAAGAUCCUGGUGGGAGACCCUCAUCAGCAGAUCUACACGUUCAGAGGGGCCGUUAACGCGCUGGACACAGUGGACCACACACACAUCUUCUACCUCACACAGAGUUUUCGGUUUGGUGCAGAGAUCGCCUAUGUGGGAGCUGCAAUUCUCAAAGUCUGCAAAAAUGUCCAGAAGAUUUUAGUUGGCGGAAAACAAAAAGGGGGAGUGAGUGACGAAAGUGCGGGUGCUGUGGCAACCUCUGUGCGGAAAGGAGUGAGUCCAAGUCGAGGGAAAACGGCCAUUUUGAGCAGAACCAACAUCACGGUUUUCUCUGAAGCUGUGGACUUAACCGAUGCCAAUUCAAAGUGCCGUGUUCACUUUGUAGGAGGCAUUCAAGGCAUUGGUUUGGACAGAAUUAAAGACAUCUGGAAUAUUAUGCAAGACUCAAAACGACUACAGGAAGGACAAAGCUACGAAGCAAGAUUCAUCAAGGAUCCCUUUCUUCGUAGUUUUGCAAAGAAAUGCGAGAAACCGUUUGUUGCUCUGAGACUGUACGCAGAACAAACUGAAGACCGCGAGCUGGAGGCCAAACUCACCAUUGUGGAGAGAUAUGGUGACCGCAUCCCAGAACUGGUGUCCAGGUUGAAGAUGUGCCACGAAGAUGAAUAUACCAAAGCAGACUUCAUCCUGGGCACAGUACACAAAGCCAAAGGGAUGGAGUUCGACACUGUGAUGGUGACGGAUGACUUUGUGAAGAUUCCUGCUUCAAGACACAACCUGCGCUUCCACCGGAGCUUUGUCAUAAAUGACAUCCCGAAAGAUGAGUGGAACCUGAUGUAUGUGGCUGUGACCAGGGCCAAGUCUUCACUCAUUAUUUCUGAGAGCAUUCGCCGCCUCCUCACUCUGGAUGGGGAGUACUUCCUGAAGUCAGACAUGCCCUCUGCUCUCAUCAAAGACAAUCAGCCUCUGCCCUGCUGUGUGUCCAACUGCCCCAACUGUACCACCCCUGGGUCGGCCUUCAUCAUGUCGCGACGACAGAUCAACUGUACGGUUGGCGUGUCCACUCCCGCGGGACCCCUGUGUGAGAGGUGUGUGUGGGCGAGGGUUGGGCCCAUGGCAUUCCUCAUGACGGAUGAUGUUCUAUCCAUGGCGGAGAUCCCAGAACACUUCCAAAUGGCUCGACAUCACAUCAUGCUGCUUGCCCUGUUCUGAUAACAUUCCUGUAAAUCUUUUUACAUCAAUGCCUUUAAUUUACUGAUUUGUACAUACUUUUACAUAUUUUCUAGUGUGUGAUAAAACAAUGGCUUUUGAUGUGCCUAAAGUUAAGAUUGAAGUUUUGUAAAGGUUUUGUGUUAUAAAUUACAGGAUUUGACCAAAGUGAAGUGAUUUGCAUGUGAACAGACUGCGAGUGCACUAA